AUGAGCACAGACUAUAUAAACAAUAAUUAUAUAGAAAGUGCGCGAGUGUAUUUAAAAGUAACUGAUCCCAGUACAAUUUUCAUAAAAUGCUCCCUCUGCAGCACAGCUGGAUUGAUCGACUGGACACUGUUUCUCAGGCACUUGACAGCCGAACAUACAGUGGGUCCCUGCCUGGAGAAGGGCUCUCUAGAGCUGGAUGAAGAGAUUCAGGCUGAGGUUGAGCUGGAGCUGCAAAAUCUGAGUAAAAUAGGGAGCCAAGAUGUCGACGAAGUUACAGACUCAGAGGCAGACAUAGACGACCAUGUUUCAGAUGAAACGCACUUGACUGCCGAGCCAGAAGUGGACGACAAUGACACGAGGGUACAAGCCGAUCUAACUCAGAAUGAUGUGUUCAAUAGGCCCAAUCAGCCCUUCUACAGCAUGCUGCAUACCAAGCCCGAGCUAAUGUUUGGCUUUAUAGAUCUGAUUCGCCAAAACGAAUAUCUUUGGCGCGAGGAGUACAAAAACGGGGACUUUGCGGCUGAGAGAUUGGAGAGCGCCCAACAGAUAAGUAAAGUGCUGGAGGAAUGUUUUAAUGUGACUCUCAAGGCACGGGUCAUCAGUCAUAGCGUCUGCAGGCUACUUAAAUGGUUUCAAAGGCAGUAUGCGUUGUGUACGAGCAACAGGGGCUUUCGAUGCCGUCAUCAGUCGUAUUACGACCAGCUGCUCCAGUUUGUGCCUACACACAAUAUCCACGUUGUGCACUGCGAUGAGUGCAAACGGAAAUUUUACAAUGAAGAGCAAUUGAGACGCCACAAAUACCGUGCACACGGCGGCCGCAUACCGUAUGUCUGUGAUGUGUGCAGCGUGGGUUUUUCGCAUGCCUCUAAGUUGCGCAUGCACCGGGCUCGACACCAUGAGAAGCCAAAGCGCUGGCAGUGUACUUUAUGCAGCUACUGUGCUCCAAACAAAUGGGAUCUAAGCGUACAUCUGCCUACUCACAGUGGCGAACGCAAUUACACAUGCGAACUCUGUGGUGUUUCAACCAAAUCGAGCUCAUCGUUAGCUGUGCAUCGACGCACGCAUUCCGUAGUUAAAAUUAAUUGCCCCUACUGUCCAAAGAAAUACCGUGAGAAUUAUUUGGUUAAUUGUCACAUUAAAAAGAUGCAUGCAGCAGAGCUUGAACAGGAAUAGGAAUUGGAACUGAUAGACUGCCAAGUACAUGAGGCCAUUGGCGACACAACUUAGAAAUUGUACUAAAUGAAAUAAAUAACUAAAUGAAUAUAUCAAUGUUUUCAGCUCUGCAUUUGCAUAACAAAUAAUAAUAAAUAAGACGAGAAACUUAUCGAUAACGCGUUAUCAUGUACCAC